UGUCCUAGCCUUAGGUAAGGGGACACCAAGAGGCACCACAGAAGGCGCGGGUGAGAGUGCCACAGCACGGGCUAGCUAUAGAGCAAGCAUAGGCAAGGGCGAUGUGGGUGAAGGUGUCGUGGAGGCGGGCGCCGUCACAGGCACUAUAGGUGCUAGCAUAGGGAGGGGUGUUGCGGGCGCUAUGGAGACAGGCGUAGGUAGGGGCGCUGUGGAGGUUGGCACAGGCAGGGGCAUCGUAGGUGCGGACGAGUGUGUCGAGGAUGCCCAGAUAAGCGUGGGCACAUGUGUAGGCGCAUGCACGGGGGUUGGCAUGGUUGCUUGA